GAAGCUCAGUUGACCCCCGAGCAGCAGAUAGCAGUCGCCCCAGUGAAGAUAAUCGUAAUUUUACCCUCAAUUCACCAACAGAAACUGGUUACGAUGAUGGAACAACAAUUAGACUGCGCCCUGGACCUGAUGCGCAGGUUGCCGCCUCAGCAGAUAGAGCGGAACCUGAGUGACCUGAUUGACCUGGUGCCGGCGCUGUGCGAGGAGCUGCUCUCCUCUGUAGACCAGCCACUCAAGAUUGCGCGGGACAGGAACAUUGGAAAGGACUACCUCCUGUGUGACUACAACAGAGAUGGAGACUCCUACAGAUCUCCGUGGAGCAAUACAUAUGACCCGCCCCUUGAGGACGGAGCCAUGCCCAGCGACCGGCUACGGAAGCUUGAGCUGGACGCCAACCAAGCCUUUGACCAAUACCGGGACAUGUACUUUGAGGGGGGGGUGUCCUCCGUGUACCUGUGGGACCUAGACCAUGGCUUUGCAGGUGUGAUCCUCAUAAAGAAGGCUGGGGAUGGCAGCAAGAAGAUCAAGGGCUGUUGGGACAGCAUCCACGUGGUUGAGGUAGUGGAGAAGUCCAGCGGGCGGUCGGCACACUACAAGCUCACCUCCACGGCAAUGCUGUGGCUCCAGACCAACAAGCAAGGCUCAGGCACUAUGAACCUCGGAGGCUCACUCACAAGACAGAUGGAACAGGACUGCCCUGUGUCAGAGUCUUCUCCGCACAUAGCCAACAUUGGACGCAUGGUGGAAGACAUGGAAAACAAGAUUCGCAACACGCUCAACGAGAUUUACUUUGGGAAGACCAAGGACAUCGUCAACGGCCUCCGCUCCGUGCAGCCCAUCCCCGACCAGAAGCAGCACGAUGCCUUCAGAACCGAGAUUGCAAAUGCACUCAUCAGGAGACAAGCAAAGAAAAGCUCUGAUGAAAAUAAUUAAAAUGUAAAGUUUAUAAUUACGUUUGUGAGAGUAUCACAAAUGAGGGUAUAGAAAGCCGAAAGUAUUUUGUUUUCUUCAUAAAUGGCCUAAGCCUGUUGAUGGGUAUGAAACACACUAUUUCAGGCCAGACAAGUUAGCCUUUUUCAAAGAGACUGAGUGAUGCUCUGAUCUUAGCACUGAGGUCAAGCUGAGUGAUUUUGUGGGUCUACAUUCCUUUUUCGAACACUACUACUGGUAGAAGGCCAUAGUGCACAUAGCUUCUAAAUGUCUCAAAGCCUAUAGAUAACUAGCUUUGUGAAACUGAAGUGAUACUAAUGACAUUGGAAGCGUACAUCGUCACCAGUGUGGUCUGUUUGGAAGGAGAGACUCGCGCCCUGAACGAUUCCACAGCUUGAGACGGAAUGGAACGAAAUAGGAAAUGCUUCAUGAUGCUUGCAGUCAUACUUAGUUUAUUUGGAUAAUUAAUGUUAUGGCAAUAUUUAAUGCUUGAAAUCAAUAAUAUAUCCAGUUCCUGCUUGAAAAGUACCCAUAUGGAUAACCUGGCUGCUUCCCAGGUGAAUUGUUUUUCCUAUUUGUUUUAAGUCAUUAGGCCAAAGAAUAAUUUUAACCUCAGAGCCUUAUACACACACAAGUUCAGUAAUAUCUUUUUGUUUAGCAUACAUCAUUGUGCAAUUAAACAAGUAAAGGAAAAAGCAAGCCUGGGUGGUCAAUCGUAGGUGCUUUCUAACAGUCUGCAAUUCCAGUGCAUAUACUGUCCUGGCGGCCACACUCGCCAGUCAUAUAAUAUGGUCCAUGUGCUGGCUGUUGACCUAUUUGUAAAGCAUUGGGCUCCACUUUGAGGGGCCCAUUCAUAUUUGGGGUAUGUUGUUUGUGAGGGCAUGUGUGGUUAGGUGUCUAUUCUUUUUUGCACAAUUUUUCCUGUUAUUUUCUAUAGUUAGUCUUCUCUGUGGCUCCUUAAUGUGACAAACUUUCAUUCACAGUUACAAAAAAAGGCCUUUUUUUCAAUUCUAUUGUGCAGUAACUAAAAAAAUAUCUUUGAUAUGAAGUGACCCUCACUUUUCCUGAACGUGUGAUCUACUGUUUCUACUUUAUAAGCCUAGUCCUCUCUCUCUCUCUCUCUCUCUCUCUCUCUCUCGGGCUGUUAAUUUCUCAGCGCUGGUGAGUGACGUCACAAUGAUGGGGAAACUUGCCCCCUUCAGGCGGCUCUCUAGUGGUUUGCAUCACCAGAAACAAAAGAAAACUGCCUCAAACUAAAAAGGAAUCAACAGCUUAGGGAUAUACUACUUGUUUUAAUAAAUAAUAUUCAUGAUUUAAAUUUACCACAAGAGCAGUCAGGAAAGGAGAGGAUGUAUUGGUUAUGUUGACCAGUGAUUCACAGUGAUCUAACAUUUUUUGUUAUGAACCAGAGGGCAGGAAACAAAUCUCCAUGGUGAGGCCGUGAAGGGGGUGGCUGUGCCGCCAGCGCUGGUGGGUUGGGAGUGUCACCGCGCCUCCUGGUGUGUGGGAUGAGGAGGGUCUGGGCAACAAGUGCAUUGAAUUAAGUGUUUUAAGCAUUUCGAGUCUGUGACGUGUUAUUUUUUCCAUUGUAGUUGUCACUCAGACGAUUUUUAAGGGUUAUAGAUUUUAUGUUAAUUGUUAGUCAUGGGUUAGGAAAAAAUGAAUAGUGAACAUGCACUUCAUUAGCUUAUUAACGUAAUUAGCUUCGUCAGCAUCACACAUUGGUGGGUUGAUUUUUCAAAGUCGGGUGUCUCCCUCACUAUUUACGGGGUAUUAAGGAUUAUGAGCAUGUACUGCGGUACUCUUGCCUUGAGCCUUGCUGAUUGAUACUGUAUUUAUUAUUAUCACAGGUUCUGUUUAAAGAUAUAAUAUGGAGAACUAUUGAUCAUAUCCCUGUUGUAUUUCCUUUAAGGCCAUGUGAUCAUCUCAUUGUUAUGCAUUUGCCCUGUGUGGCAGACACUAUUUUUGAUCAAAGAAUUGAUUAUACAAGUAUUUGGUA